CAGGCUGCUAGUGGAUCUCGGGACCUCAGUGCCAAGGCUCGCACGUCAUGAAAAGCUCUAAGUUCAGGGAGAACUUCUGGUGUCCCCACUUUCUCAGCACAAUUGGCUAUGAGAGCAUUAUUCAACAUCUGAAUGAGGGCCGAAAGAACUGCAAAGAAUUUGAAGAUUUUUUAAAAGAAAGGGCAGUGAUUGAAGAGAAGUAUGGCAAAGAUCUGCUCAACCUCUGCCGGAAGAAACCCUGUGGGCAAAGUGAGAAUAACACCAUGAAGAAGGCCUUGGAUGUCUUCAAGCAGCAAAUAGACAACGUGGGACAAUCUCAUCUUCAGCUGGCACAAACUCUACGGGAAGAAGCCAGGAAGAUGGAAGAAUUUAGGGAAAAGCAGAAAAUACAAAGGAAAAAGAUAGAAGUUUUGAUGGAUAACAUGCACAAACAAAAACAAAUACAGUAUAAGAAAACUAUGGAUGCAAAGAAGACCUAUGAACAGAAGUGCAAAGAUAAAGAUGAGGCAGAACAGGCGGUGCAUCGGAAUGCAAAUAUAGCAACUCCAAAGCAACAAGAGAAGCUCUUUGUGAAACUUGCUACUUCAAAGACUGCUGCCGAAGACUCUGACAAAACAUACUUGUUGAACAUCAAUUUGCUGGAGAAGAUAAGGGAAGAUUGGCAGAGUGAGCACAUCAAAGCCUGUGAGUUCUUUGAGAUUCAAGAAUGUGAACGAAUAAACUAUUUCCGGAAUGCAUUGUGGGUCCACAUGAAUCAGCUGUCACAGCAAUGUGUCAUAAGUGAUGAGAUGUUUGAAGAAGUCCGCAAGAAUUUAGAAAUGUGUAGCAUUGAAAAAGACAUUGAAUAUUUUGUAACUCAUCGAAGGACUGGACAGGUGCCUCCAGCACCCAUUUUGUAUGAGAAUUUCUAUAACUCCCAGAAAAAUCCAGUACCAGGAAGAAAUCCAGGACCUAAUGUGGGAAGAAGAGGACCUCUACCAAUUCCUCAAAAUACAACAGAGGAUGGUGAUUACUCUUUGGUAACUGAAAGCAAUACUAUCUAUACCCAGUACCAAUGGAAUUGAAGACUCUCAACAUAAUGCUUCUUUGACUAGAAGGAGUCAAUUGGGAGCAGAUUUGGC